AUGCAAGAACGAGAGGAUGAACAGGAUUCUAGUUCGAAAACAUACAACCCUAAUAUUCUUGGCACUUAUGAAGAAAUUUAUGGCACCAAGAGCCCAAUUGCUAUGGAAGAAAUAUUUAAUAAGUGCACAGAUCAGAUAAAGAAGGUGCUUGUACUUGGACGAGCUGGAAUCGGCAAGUCAACAUUUUGUCAAUAUGCUACUUUUCGUUGGGCCAAAGGUGAAAUUUGGUCCGAGUAUGCUCUCGUUCUUCUGAUUUAUUUACGAAAGCUGACAAUUAUUCGCUAUCCGACGGGUACAAAAUAUACAUUACGUCAUCUUUUAGAGAAUGAAUAUUACCCAUGCGAGGACUUGUCGAACGAGCAGAUACGAUAUUUCCAGGAACUAUGUCGAGAACAUCGUGUUCUUUGGAUAUUAGACGGUUACGAUGAAUUUGCUGAAAGCACUUCAGAGCACUUAAGAGACGUGUUCGAUCAUAUAUGCCAGACACAGCAUCAUAUCUUGACUUCACGACCCUUUGCUAUUCGAUUUGAAUACGAUGUAAAAAUGGAAAUCAUCGGUUUCACAGAUGACAAUAUUACCAAGUAUGCUGAGCAGUUCUUUGAUCAAAAGCAAAAUCAAGAAAAAGGUGCUUCACUCGAAUGUCAGAAACUUCUACAAUUUUUAAAGUCGAACUCAAACCAUUGGGGUGUUGCCCAUAUUCCUGUGAAUCUUGAAUUGAUAUGCAGUCUUUGGAGUGAAAGUGAUUGGUCAGAGAAGAAGGUUUUAACAAUAACGUCGUUGUACGAUAAUAUAACGGAAUGGUAA